CUAUCAUUCACUCUUUCAGUCAGGCUCGCGAAACAGAAAUAAUAAAGUUUUGAGAUAAUUUUGGGUCUUAUAUUAAUAGUGAUUUAGUCAAAAGUAUUACCACUUAUGUUAUUUGAUAACAAAGUAUUGUUAUCAUAUGUUAAUUCGAGGAAUGUAAUUGAGAGUAUUUCCAUAGUUGCAAAAAUAUAAUCGGUUCACGUAAAGGACUCGUCUAUUUGUGAUGGAUUUGGAUGUUUGAAGGUUUAAAAUGGCUGGAAAGGAUGAUGAUGAAGUAAUACUGCAAACGUUUAUGGUCAAGAGGUCACAAAAUAAAAAGUUAUUUACACCGGUUAACUACAAGGAGCGCUGGCUGGUUCUGACUCGUCGAGCACUUAUUUAUUAUGACACGGAUGGAGAGCUCGUCACACCAUUUCCUUCGUGGUCCACUACGGCUUUGCGUCGCUGUAUCAGGCGGCCUCUGCGUAAUAACUUUGGUCUUCAGUUCUUCAGACAUACGACAGACGUGAAACGGAAGGAGCGCGGGCGCAUCGACACUGGUGCGAUCCAUACUGUGGAGCAAGCGCAGUUGGGGGAACUGAGCAAACACAUACCUGAGGGUGACGGUGAGAAGAGCCCCGUUUAUAGAUAUCCCUUUCAGGUGGGGUACUCGGAACAAAACACAGACUACACAUUAUAUCUCGUGGCCGGUGACCACACAGAACGCCUGCAGUGGAUCCACACAAUCAGAUCGGUGUGCGGUGUGACCGCUCGAAGAAGCCGGUACCACCCCGGCGCGUGGUCUGCGCGCCGCUGGAGCUGCUGUGACGCGGAACGAAGGUCCGCCCCUGGCUGUGCCGUCUCAGACCUCUGGACCCUCAUAGAGUCCGACCUUGACUUGCUCGCACCGCCGCAGGACAAUCGACUAUCGAACGACGUAGCACCCGUCACGGCGGCAGUAACAAUGCCGGGAGGAGGUGGCGCUCCUCCGGGCACACCGUCUGCCAAGCCAAAGGAGAAGCAGAGAACCAAAGUAGUGGUAGCCCUUUAUCCAUUUAAAGCUAUUGAGAGUGGCGAUCUAUCACUGGAAAAGGGCGCCGAGUAUGAAGUGAUAGAUGACUCUCAAGAUCAUUGGUGGAAAGUUAAAGAUGAAAACGGGCUGGUAGGCUACAUCCCUAGUAAUUAUGUGAAAGAAAAGGAAACAAUAGGAUUGCAGAAAUAUGAGUGGUACGUGGGUGAGAUGUCCCGCCAACGUGCCGAGUCGCUCCUCAAACAAGAAGACAAGGAGGGGUGCUUCGUAGUGCGCAACUCUUCCACUAAGGGCAUGUACACGCUCUCUUUAUAUACCAAAGUUUACCACCCUCAAACGAAGCACUACCACAUAAAGCAGAACAGUCGCAGCGAAUACUACCUAUCGGACAAGCAUUGUUGUGCCAGCAUUCCGGAACUCAUCAACUACCACAAGCACAACAGCGGAGGCCUAUGUUCCCGACUGAAGACGACGCCGUGUGACCGGCCCGCGCCGCCCACCGCCGGACUGUCGCACGGUCAGUACGACAAAUGGGAGAUCGAUCCGUCGGAACUGGUGUUGCUAGAAGAAUUGGGGGCCGGCCAGUUCGGCGUAGUGCGGCGCGGCAAGUGGCGCGGACGCAUCGACACCGCCGUCAAGAUGAUGAAGGAAGGCACCAUGUCUGAAGACGAUUUUAUCGACGAGGCGAAGGUUAUGACCAAACUCCAGCACCAGAACUUGGUGCAGCUAUACGGCGUGUGCUCGAAGCACCGGCCGAUCUACAUCGUGACGGAGUACAUGCGCCAUGGCUCGCUGUUCAACUACCUGCGCCGCACCUCGCCCGACCAGCUCGGGCCCGCUGUGCUGCUCGAUAUGUGUAUACAGGUUUGCAAAGGAAUGGCGUAUUUAGAAAGACACAAUUAUAUUCAUCGGGAUUUAGCCGCAAGAAAUUGUUUAGUCGGUGAUGAGAAUGUUGUAAAGGUAGCAGAUUUCGGGCUGGCGCGAUACGUGUUAGACGACCAGUACACCAGUUCUGGUGGUACGAAGUUCCCCAUCAAAUGGGCGCCGCCCGAAGUACUCAACUAUACUCGAUUCUCUUCCAAAUCAGACGUCUGGGCUUUCGGUGUUCUUAUGUGGGAAGUUUUCACUUGUGGCAAAGUACCUUACGGACGGAUGAAAAACUCAGAUGUGGCGGACAUGGUACAGCGGGGUAUGCUGCUUGAAAAACCUAAAGGCUGUCUUAACGAAAUAUAUAAUGUGAUGCGCAUGUGCUGGCGGCGGUCGCCGGAGGAGCGGCCGUCGUUCCGCGUGCUGAAGGAGGAGCUCGGCGUCAUCGCGCACUCCGUGCUGGCCGACUGACUGCGCCUGCUGCUCGCGCUGCUGCGGCCCACGCCCGCCUGACCACGCACCCAACUGACCCUAGCCGACGUCUUGCACUGCCAGAUGCCUCAAUUAUGAAUCGAAUCAAAAUAUAGCUGUUAAAGUUGCAGCGGUUUCAAACCAGCGAUAUUUGCCAAGCGCACAGCUUACUCAGUACUCAACAUUUGUAGAACGCCCGGCGUGUACGAACGCACUGAUGUGUGCAGCCGCGAAUGUGCAGUGUGCACCCGCGAGCCUUAACACUGACAGCUACCACCUACUAGACUCUGAAUCACGGAAUGUGCCACGCGGGUGUCCGUAAGCUAAAUCGAAUCACUAAAUACACUAGAAUGAAACUGCUGUAAGUUUAAGCAAUUAGACUAUGUUGUCCCAACUUUUUUACACACAUUUCAUGGCAUUCCAAGAAGUCGGCGAUGGUUCCUGUUUCAGCACAUUCAUGUCGCACUAAAACCGUUGCAAUGUCACAUGAUUUCAGAAACAACGUAAGAUCUAUGUACGCACGCGUGUAAUAGCACAGGUGUUUGCUUGCGCCACACUGUUGAGUUGCGCCACACUGAUGAGUUGCGCCACACUGAUGAGUUGCGCCAAACGGGGCAAACGCCUCCCCCCGCAGUCUCGUGGCCGCGGACGGCAGCAACGCUAAACCAAGUAUACGUUCAUUAAUCGCUUCCGAAUAAACAAUAAACGCAACAAGAAUGUUGAUUCAAAAUUAUAUUUAAAAAAAAAAAAUGUUAUUUCAUAAUUGAAAUUGGCAAAACUUAUUAGACUCGUAUUUUUCUAUUCCCCCACAAAAUAAUAACAACGAAAAUGCGACGUGUUAAACCUUUUUAUGAUAUUACUGGUUCGUACAAAUUGUAUAAUGCCAUGACGUAAAAACCUGCAGUCUCGAAUUUUAAUGCAAUAUUUCCUGCUAAUCCAAUGGACGGACUAAUUGAACACACGGACUAGUAAAAAAAGUAAGGACUCCGCGCCGCGAUACUAGAAAGUGAAGCAACUUUUGUUCUGUCAAUGUAUGCGUUACGGGGAUGCCAGCUAACAAAUAAUUCUCCCAUCAUUGUGUGUAUCAAAGUGACGGGUUUCUGACACACACAGUUUAAAUAAAGAGAAAUUGGUGAGCCUCCAAUCUGAUAUCGGAAUGGCGAUAUAAAUUACUUACCUAUAAUUAUCUUGGUUGAGUUUCAGUUUUUUUGGUUUCAUCUGAAUGUAAAGAAAAGUAAAAGGAAGUAAUAAUAUAAUUAAUUUGCUUCUUUGCCAUCGGUGUGCAAUAAAUAUGGAGGUAGAUUUUAGAAAAAAAAUACAAAAAAAUACAAUUAAUAAUAAUAAUACAAUGUGCGUUUGAGUGAUUUAUUUUCAAAGUACUUAUAAAAUAAAAUAAAAAUGCAAGUGAAAAUGAAAUUGAAAAUUGACACGUAAGUAAUCCAAUCUUCUUGACCUCUAGAGUUCCUUAUUAUUCUCACCCAUAGAGCAACACGGAGGGGAGUAGCCAUUGCGUUUUUUACCGAUACAAAACUGUCUGUCAUUUUUUGCGGGGGGAAAUCACACAUUCUCAAAUUCUCACACAAAAACAUUCUAUGUCACUACGAAACGCACACUCUGACAAUUGAAAAAUACACUAACAAUUUCACACACACAUUUAAACAAUCCGUGUCAUAAUAGUAUAAUAAUAUGACGCAACUACACUAACAAGUCCUUACACCCAUAGCUGUACAACUGUCGAUACGCAUUAUCGAUAAAUUCAAAAACUCGGUUAGGGAAAUUAGCUUUAAAUUCAAAGGCAGAUAUUAUUAUUGACUUUAUUUAUUAUGUAUAAUCAAAUCACAUAUAACAAAUAAAAUUACCAUUUUUUUUUAAUAACAUAAAACUAAUCCUUUUUAAAAACUACUGAUAAGAUACUGAUACGGAACUAUCACUGGUUUUUAAAAUGGAUUAAUUUUCUAUAAAUAUGACGAAUACAUUUUUGGGGGUUUGUUUUUUUCAUUAAGAAAGAAAUUCUUGUAUCAGCAUAUUUUUGCAUUAUUAAUCUUGCUAAUUCCAAGUUAUGAUUUGUAAAAUCGUUUUCGUGUGAAUGGUAACUGAUUGAGGGAAACAAGUCUUUGCCAAUAAAUUGUUUUAAGGAACGUGUCACAACUUCAUGUGUGGUACAAGAUCGUGUAGGUUUAUUGUCGUCACUUAAAUGUCUUCUUAUGUCUUUUUCACAAAUCCGGCAUAAAAGUAUAACUUCUUUUGAGGCAUACAGUAACUUUCCUUUGCUUUUCUGGUGAAUUAAACUUUUUUCAUCAAUCGGCCCAAGCAAACCUUUAAUGCACGUAUUGCAUUUAAUUUUUUUUUUGUUGAGAAAAUAACAUAUCCCGCUAUGUACUCCACAACUUUUUCCGCAAAAGGGGAUAAAAAAGUUAGAGCUUCAAUCUCAUCAAUUAAAUCGUCAGUAAAAUUAUCAAAAUUGUGUUCGUCAGUAGCGUCAUUGCUAUUGUAUUGUCGUACUGUUGAAGCAUUAAUUUUUUCUAGUGCAGAUGUGCAAUUCAGUAUCGUAAUUUUUUCCAAUGGAAUGCAGUUCGUUCCGUUUCCCGUUUGUGUUAAUUCUGUAUUAACAAGAAUUUUUUUAUAAAUUGCUUCAAACUGGGAGCUUGAGGGAUUAUCGCAAUAACCACCAUGACUCCUUACUAUGGAAAAAAAUAGUUCGAGGUGAUCUUGGCUUAUCCUAUGUAGUGGCAUAUAUUUGAGGCCAUUUUGUUGGUUUUGUAUUAAAUCUCGAAAGAUAGAUUUGGUACUCUCAAUGCAGAUCAAAAAUCCUAAAAAACCCGUGUAUCGAGGAGAAUCUACUAAUUUAAUUUUAUGCGACUCCCCGUUGCGUUUCUUUACAUGGGCUGAUAAGCUCAACAAAAGCUUUUGAGCUUCAUCCAUUUUUCGAAAAGCUUUCUCAAAGUUUUCAUGGUUUAAUGCUCUUUUAUAACCAGUUUGACGUGACCGGGAAUCCAAUAUAUCAAAAACGUCGUUUAUCAGUGAAAUAAACUUCGCAGUUGCAGUUGAUCCAUUAAACUCCGAUAAAUGUAAUUCUUUUUCACAAAACAAAAGCGCAUCAGCAACACUUCCGCUGAACAAUUGUGCUGCAAGGCGAACAUUCAUUAUUUUUGUUUUGUAAUAAAUGUGAUUUGCUUUUAAUUUGUUAGCCAUGUAAAAUAAUUCUUCUUCCUGUAUUUUAUGUAAUGCUUCCACAAAUAACCAUUGAAUUUUAUUUUCAUUAUCAUCGUAAAAACAUUUGUAGUCACAAAAAGUGUUUCUAAUUAAUUUUAACAUGUGACUUGGAUCUAAAAAAAAGUGAACUCGUUGCCCCGUUGUGGGAUCUAAUAUAGUAGUUUGCAAUUUAUUUGCAACUAAGCAGCAACCCAGUUCCGUAGCCAUCGCUAAAUUUGCUUUUGCGCCGUCACACGUUAACGCUUUUAUUUCUAUUCCGGUUUCAUGUACUAAUUCAAACGCUUUAGUUACAAGUUGAGCUUUUAACUUAGCACUUGUACCUUUAACUAAAAAAUAUCCGAUUGGGACUUUCCAUGGAGUAUUAAUGCCUACUAAUAGAAAAACUAGGACAUCUGUAGCUUCAUCUGUAUUAUCAGUUAUUAAAUCGAAACCAUAAUCAAUAUAUCCGAAUCGUCUGUCACCACUUGGAUUGUCAUGUGAUUGUGUCUUUAUUUUCAUUUCAUCGAAAACUAAAGUACAGUAAAUUUUACUAUGUGGAUUGGCAUCGGCUUUAUAUUUUAAGGCCGCCAAGGCUUCUUUGGUAAAACCGGGCCGUCCAUCAAUAUUACUAUACCAUUUAGUUAAAGUACGCGGAGCAGGUAAACACGUCCCAAACGUUUUACGAACAUACUUGUAAGCUUUGGGGGAAUAAAAGUUGAGAGUUAGAGCAAAACACCUCAGUUCUGGUGAAUACUUGGCUCGUGAGAGCUUUCCACUUUUACAUUUCUUUAAUUGACGCUUAAUAAGCUCUGCUUCUUCAACGCCUAUUUUUUCCAGGACCAUCCUUUCCUCUUUAUCUAUCAAAGCUUUUUCAUCUAAACUCUGAAGAAUUUCUUCUAGCCCAGCAACUUUUUUCUUUAAGAAAAGAUUUUUAGCUUGUAGCCUUUUAAUUUUUUUUUUCUGACAAUCUAAUUGUUGCUGCAUUUUUCUUUUUCUUGGUGUAAGUGCAGUAGUGGGAAUUGAAGCAGAUUUUUUAGAUGUUUCCUUUGACUGAGUCUGAAAACAAAUGAAUAAAUAAUUAUCUCUUAUCAUAUCUUUACAUAAUUUACUUAAUCUCAACAGUAAAAUAGAAGGAAUGACAAAUUUAUCAAUAUGCGAUUCUACAAUAAACGAUUUAAAAACAACUCACAUUUUGAGGAGUUGACGAUCUACACGGUGAUGUCAAUGAAUUAGGAAUAGUCCGAGUGUCAUUAAUGGGCCCAUUAGAUGAUAACCUCUCAUCUGGUAUAUUUAAUGAUUGUCGAUGAUUCUGGAAAAUUAGAUUAAGUUUAAAAAUGUAGGCUUCAUUUCACCACUAUGACUAACGUCAACGAGGUACAUCAUGUGGAAUGUACUAUUCGUUUACCUAAGCUAGUAUUAUAUUAUCUAUGACCUUGCACAUGAAUAAAAUAAAAACUUACGGAACAAAUACAGUUGGCGGUUGGUUUGGCGCCAUCGACUAAUCUCCUCCUAUUGUUCGCCAACACUUGAAAGUCAGAGGUCUUAAAAUGAUUUGAGCAAAUGACACUAUUUCUUGUGGGAAUCCAGGUUGGUCUGUUAUGAGAAAAUGUCUUCCAUAUAUUUCUUAAAUUUGGAUCUUUAGGAAACCUGCAAUAUAUAAAUAAAAACACAUUAUAUGUAGUUGACGUUCUCACUCAGUAAUUUUUAUUUAAAUCAGAAAACCUAAUCUCAAAACUUUCUCCGAUUUGACUUGACCUUUCUCAUUUUCAUCGAUAACUAUCUACAAACAAACCGGCAACAACACUCGCUCGGUGACAGCGAAUUCUAGGAAAAAGACUCGGAUCUGUCGCUCGACCGAUCCGCGUUUUGUAUGAAGACGCACGGCCUUAGUUGGUAAACAAAUCCGAAACAACACGAUUGAUAAUAUUGCAGUUUUUAAGUUUAUAAGAAGUAAAUAGCAAUAACGUAAUUAAAAAUUACUUACAUAUGAAAGGUAACGCCAUCUUUUUGUAAAUUUGACGUGGCAGAUCUCUUUUUGCAGCAAAAAACAGAACAAUUCGGCAUUUUUUACGACGACGUCGAUUCACUCACGCAACUAGAUUUAGUCUAGCGAAUAGUUUAGUUGCAACUAGUUUUAUUGUACGCAUAGGACCAUUUGGACUUGUACUUUGACAGAGGGGAACGCCUGUGUAUGGCUACUCCCCUCCGGUCCGCCGGUGGCCUGUGUUGCUCUAUGUUCUCACCCAAUCAUUUUUCCAAGGUUCAUUUCCGGUAGGAAACCUACAAAGAAAUAAAGAAAAUGUAUCUACCAAGAACAUUAUGGAUUACCCACUUUUUCGGGUAAAGUCCUUAUUUUUUUCGUGGCCACACUGGCUAUUUUUGUGUUCCAAAUAUUGUUAUCAUUUUUAUUUAAAAAAGGACAGAAAAUAAUGUUAUUAGAACUGGCUUACCUGUGAAAAGUAAUCCCUUGGCACUUUUUGUAUAAAGUGGUAUUAUUUUUGCACCAUUUCACGACACAUGACGGCAUUAUGUCAAUUUUUUAUACGCGAAAAAUAUGAACUGUCACCGAUGAUGGUCGCGAGCGUAAUGGCUGAUUUACAUUGAGUCAGUAACUGACGUCAGUCCACUGACAAGUCAGUGCUGACCCGGCACUGCCAUCGUGUAAAUUGAUUUGAAGUCAGUACAGUACUACUGACGAAACACUGACACCACACUGACUUCGUGUAAAUAGCACGCGUCAGUUUUCGGCGCCUACACUGACGUCAGUUACUGACUCAAUGUAAAUCAGCCUUAAUGGCGGUCUAUCGGCUUAUGUUUAUGUAAGUGUGUGCAUGUAGGUUCGUAUUUACACGGAGCCGGCUUGUUUUGGGUGCUUCACUUUUAUGUAGGUGACGCGGAGUCCUUACUUUUUUUACUAGUCCGUGAUUGAACACAAUAUUUUUGUCAACAUCCCUAAUACUUUCCUGGACCACGACUGCAAACUCGAUUAUUCGAAUACUAAGAUUUUGAAAUAAUUCAAUGUUUGUGAUUUCGGCCGCGUUACUCGCGGUUUUAAAUCCCUAAACGUGAUCAGUAGCAGUUAUGUAUUUCGUAAAAAAAAAAAAAUAAGGGUCAGUUAGGCUAGCUUUACUGGUUUUGUCUUGCAAGUAAAGAACGUGUUUGAAUAUGUUUGUAAAAAUGUAACGAAUACUCGAUUAUAUGUAUAUCAAAUAGUUAAUUAACUAAAGAUAUGCGUGGUUAUUAGUUCCGGUGGAUGUCAGUUUAAUAAAGGAGACAAAUAAAAUAAUAUGUGUUAGCGAACAUCAGACUAAAAAUAUAUCUCAUAAAAACUAAAUACAAUGACAUGGAAUUGAUCUCACAAUAGGAAUUGAUAUAUUUUAUCUGUAAAUCGCGCGAGUAAUCGUAGGUGCCGUCCACUGCCACUAUAAGGUUUCAAUAAAAUGUAUGUUUAGUAGUUUUGUGUCGUCCUUCUAAGGAAAGUUAGUUUGAUGAGUUCAUGUAGACCUAUUGACUAAACAAAGACUACUUGA